UUAAUAUCAGUUUUAAAAUGCAUUUCAUUCUAUUCAUUUCGGUAUUUUCAAUUAAUUUUGACCAAAUCAGUUCCAUAAUUUAUAAAGAAAACAUUACAGAUUUCUCAAAAUGUAAAACACAUUUUUCAUCAUCCCAAGGGGAAUACACCGAUUUCUUCCAAAUAAUUAACCGAGAAUCAAAUUCAACCCAAGAUUUAAUCGUUGAUUUUCAUUUUUCUGUUUUGGCCCAAAGCGACGCUCACAUUUUAUUAACACCAUCAAAACGCAUCAACAAUAAAGACCCUGUUUAUGAAAUUGUUUUGGGAGCCGGAAGAAACUCGUAUUCAUCGAUUAGAAGAGCGCUUCGAACUCAAAUUAAGUCUACGAUACGCCAUAAAACAAAAUUAUUAUCGUUUUAUGAACCUCAAUCGUUUUGGUUACACGUUUCUCGAAAUGGUUUAAUUGAAAUCGGCAGAGAAACACAAUAUUUACCAUUUUUAACGUGGAUAGAUCCGGACCCGAUUCCUUUAGAAUAUUUUAGUUUGAGUACAUGGCCCGGCAUUGAAGCAAAAUGGUUUUAUGAUUGUUACAAGAUUGAUGUUAAGGAAGUCGGAAAGGUUUUGAGCAAUAGAGAAAGAUUGCUUGAAGAUUAUUUAAAAAAUUAUUCCAUUUUUGAUGUCCCCAUUUUUGAAAGAGAUAAAAAAAUUGAUGUGUUUCUAAAUUUAAAACCCGUCUUUAUGAGUUUGAAUGAACCCGAACGGAAAUUGGAAUCAAGAUUUAUUUUAACCCAGAAAUGGAUUGAUUCAAAAUUACAGUGGAAUUCAACAAAUUACGGAAACAUUCAAUCGAUUCAACCUCACAUUUAUCAAAUUUGGACACCAAACACAAGAUUUUUUUCAGUUGUUGAUGAUUUUGAAAAAUCUAGCAAAAACACAAAACUGCACGUAACUCAAAACGGUGAGGUAACGUUACAAGCUAAUUUAGAGUUAAAAACGUGGUGUAACCCGGCGGAUUUAGACGAUUGGCCCAAUGAUAAACACAUUUGUAUAUUCCCAAUCGGCGUUUUCGUAGAUUCGAAUAAAAUAAAUCUCCAUUACGAUAAUGGUUCAUCGGAAACAAAUAAAACAAUAAAAAAUUUAGUUUAUAAAACCGAAUGGGAUAUCGAAUCCGUUGAUUUUAAAAAUGGUUACAUUGAAAAUAACGAAAAAAUUGAUUUCGAAAUUAUUUAUCGUUUAAAAAAAAUUUCUAGUGUUUAUUUUACGAUUUAUUUCGCACCCAUUAUAAGUAAUUAACGAUGAAAAUGAACAAAAAAUAAAUUUCGUUAACAUUUUUUUUUAACUUUUUAGUCAUUUCAAUUGGCACUUUAUUAACUUUUUGGGUUUCACCUUUAGGAGGUUUAAAAAUAACUUUGGCUUGUUUUAAUUUGGUACUGGUUACAUUGAUAUUUGUUACAAUUGCUAUUUCAUUACCAGGACAUCCGGAAAAAGUACCGAAAAUUCUUCAAGCGUAUAGCUAUGGAUAUUUGGGAAUCGUAUUAUCAAUUUUUCUGGCAAUAGUUACAAUAAAUAUGACAAGGAUUAAACAGAAAAUGUUAUUACCAAGAAUUUUGUUUCAAUUUUUAAUGAGCAGAGGAGUUCAAAAAGGAUUGAUGUUAACUUCCACAAAGGGCUCAAUGAAAGAUGCUAUUCAACAAUCUUGGCUUUUGUUGGCGACUUUUAUAGAUAGAAUUUCAUUUAUAAUUUAUUUAACCUUUUAUAUCAUAGGAUUGUUUACACUUUUUUAAUUGAAGAAGAAAA